UAUUAUUCUCUAUCAAUAAUCUUCACACCUCUACGUUUCCAAUCAAAAUGGCACACUUAGAUGAAAUAAGAGAGUCCCAAAGAGCCGGUGGCACUGCAACCAUUUUAGCUAUUGGAACCGCAACUCCACCGAAUUGUAUUUACCAAUCUGAUUUUACAGAAUAUUACUUCCGAGUUACCGACAGCAACCACAUGCCUCAACUCAAAGACAAAUUGAAGCGUAUAUGUGAGAAGUCAAUGAUAAAGAAACGUUACAUGCAUUUGACAGAAGAAAUAUUGAAAGAAAAUCCAAACAUAUCAAGUUAUGAGAAAUCAUCUCUGGACGCACGCCAGGACAUUUUAGUUGAAGAAGUACCAAAGCUAGGAGAAAAAGCAGCAUCAAAAGCCAUAAAAGAAUGGGGAAGACCAAAAUCAGAGAUAACUCAUCUCAUUUUUUGUUCAACUUCAGGUGUCGACAUGCCAGGUGCUGAUUAUCAACUCGUCAAACUCUUAAACCUAAAUCCAUCCACAAAACGAUUUAUGCUAUAUCACCAAGGUUGUUUUGCUGGUGGAACCGUUCUUCGUCUCGCCAAAGAUCUUGCUGAGAACAACCUUGGUGCACGUGUCCUCGUUGUUUGUUCUGAAUUAACUGUUGUUACUUUCCGUGGUCCCAAUGAAAAUCACUUAGAUUCCUUAGUUGGACAAGCACUCUUUGGUGAUGGUGCUUCAUCUGUGAUUGUUGGAUCAAACCCUGAUGAAAGAAUUGAAAAACCGUUGUUUUAUCUUGUUUCGGCUUCCGAAACGAUUCUACCAGACUCUGAAGGCGCGAUCGAAGGACACUUGCGUGAAGUCGGACUCACAUUUCAUUUGAAAGAAAAUGUUCCGGAAUUGAUUGGUGAGAACAUUGUGAAAAGUCUGGAAGAAGCAUUCCAUCCACUUGGAAUAAGUGAUUGGAAUUCAUUGUUUUGGGUAGCACACCCUGGUGGUCCUGCAAUAUUGAAGAGGAUUGAAAAAACAGUUGGGUUGAAUUCAGAUAAACUAAAUGCAACAAAACAAGUUCUUAGUGAAUAUGGAAACAUGUCGAGUGCUUGUGUGUUAUUUAUAUUGGAUGAGAUGAGAAGAAGGUCUAUGAAGGAAGGGAAGUUGACUACUGGUGAUGGACUUAAGUGGGGUGUUUUGUUUGGAUUUGGUCCUGGCUUGACCAUGGAAACCAUUGUUUUGCAUAGUGCAGCCACCAACAUAUAGACUCACUCAUUCUCGUUAUUAUUUAUAUGAUAUGAUAAUUUGUUUGGUGUGAUUUUAUUUAUGAAGAUAGUAAUGAAUAAAAGAAUAAAAUAAAAUCUUAUCUUUCUUAUAGGACAUUUUGGGAUUCCAUGCACAUGGUGUGAUGUCUAUAGGGAUGAUUAGAUCUAUAGAGAUACAUUUUCUUUUAUUAUAGAAUCUAAAAAUCCUUACGGUUGUUGUUGUAUUGUGAGUAAUUUUGUCUACUUUUCAUGUACCUUUAACCGUAAUAUUGGUUAAUUUGCAUGUGUAUUUAUGCGUGGUAUAAUACAAAUAUUUGCUAUUUCAA